CGCUGAAACUUCAGAAUUUUGAUUUCCGGAAAUCUCCAUGUUGCUCAGCAUCAGAAGUGAAUUUCAAAUCCACGAGGCACCACAUAUUGAAUAUUUUUCAAACGCAGUAAUCCUUUGUGUGUCAUUCCAUCAGAUUGAUAGACGGAAGGCUUUUAUAGAACACUUUAUCAAAAAAGGUCUCAGGAUUCAGCAUCGCUGUAUGAGUCAAGAAGGGGCACAUCCGAGUGUCAUGACCAAACUACGACAAAUUGAAGAUUCCAUGAGAGUCUAUGGAUACUCCACUCUUAGAAUUGGAAUUGGGGUCAUUUUUUCUGCAGGUUUUGGCAUCUACAUAUUCAGAGAUCAUAUCCGAGGUGCUGCAGCUGAUGAGGUGUCCAAUGUUGCUAGUAAAUCACUGGAACAUGAGGCAGUUAUACAAAAGGCUGAAGAUCUAGCCAAAGCUCUCCUACAUGCUGUUCUAACAGACCCUCCAAUAAAAACACAAUCAGUGAACUUCUUACGUGAUAUAUUCAGUCGUUCAGAUACCCAAGAAGGUCUUAUUGACUUACUCCUUCAUGCGUUAAAUGACCCAAAGACAAAACAGAACUUUGUACGACUAUUAAUUCAAGUUGUAUCUCAGUCACUAAAUGAUGAUGUAUUCCGACAAAAUCUAGUCCUUAAUAUUAACUUACUUUUAAAAGAUGAUAACACAAGGAUAACAUUACUUGCAAUACUCAAAGGAAUUUUAGCAGAUGAGGAAGUGAAAUCGCAAACUAAGGAUUUCAUAGUUGAAGUACUCAGUUCAGACAAAGUGAAAAACAAAGCAUCUGAUUUUGCCAAAGCUGUUCUCAAUGAUGUUGUUAAAGAUGACAUUAUACGUAAAGAUUCAGGAGAUGCCAUGUGGGCAGCUUUUACAUACUCUGUGACUCCUAGGAUAAUUAGUAGAUUCAAACGCUCAGAGAGCAUCCCCAAGGAUGAACAAAGCAAAGAUGAGUCAAUUGAUAAGGAGAAGGAAGUCAGUGAUGGUGAUAGUGGUGCAGAGACAAGUGAUGGUGAACCUGUGGUUGAGAUUGAUAAUGGAGGGAGUGCACAAAAUUAAUGUCAUAUUUCUAAAUUCUUUCUGUAAUUAUUCAAAUGCACAUAAAAUGCAAAGUUUUACAGUGUGUAAGUGUGAUCCUCAGACAAUGUUUGAAAUGAAGCUCUAUUGUUGAUAUUUAAUACUACACUAAUUGCAGGAAGUAUAACAAUAUAAGAAACAAAAGUUUACUUUUUUAUUUUUACACAUUUCUUUUUAUUACUCCAUAUUAAACUCCAAAUGUCACAAUUUGGAGUGAUUAUGCCUUGAAAUUAGAGCAGAGUUUUGUUGCUUUGAAUAAAAUUGUUUUGUACCUUCAGAGUCAAAUGUGCCCAUAUUCAAAUGUACACACAUUUAAGUUAAUUUCAUCAAAUUAUGUUGUGAAUGUGAAAUUCUGAUAUAGUCAUCAAUCUC